AAUCACAAUAAUGGCAAAUAAAGAGGAAGAUCCAGAGCUUACUUUCACCAUAGAAGAUGAUUCAGUGGAAGCUAUUCCACUACAAUCCUUGGGAGAACUGUCUAUGAAUUCCAGUAUCUUUGUUGACUCACCUCUAGAGUAUCCAAAACCCGGUAUAUUUCAAACUGCAAACAAGUAUUUCCACUAUAUAUUCAAUAUACUUAGUUACCAAUCAAAACUUCGCAAACAAUUGGCACAUAGUAUCCCUUACAACCGAGACACCCCAUUACCCAAACAAAUAUGGCAAACUUGGAAAGUGAAUCUUGAUGACCCAAAUUUUCCAGCCACAUUCAAAAAUUAUCUGCAAACUUGGACUGAGAAGAACCCUAAUUAUACUCACCAUAUUUUAGCUGAUCAAGAGUGCGAUCAGCUUGUAGCUGAAUUGUAUUCUGGAACUCCCGAUGUGAUCCAUGCUUACCAAAUUAUGCCUAAGCCUAUUCUCAAAGUUGACUUUUUCAGAUAUUUAAUUUUAUAUGCCAAAGGAGGAGUCUAUAGUGACAUGGAUACUAAAGCAGUAAAACCUAUUGAUCACUGGGCCUCCAACUUAGAAAGCAAAAGAUUCAAUUCUACUAUUUAUUCCGAUGAUCCUAAAAACCCUGGUUUGGUUGUAGGAAUAGAGGCAGAUCCCGAGGUUGACCAGUACAAAUAUUUCGCUCGGUCACUCCAAUUCUGUCAGUGGACAAUCCAACUGAAAAAGGGGCAUCCCAUGUUAGGAGAACUAAUCGCAAGGAUUACUGAAACUACAUUGGAACGUGAGGAAAUGGGUCUACUUGAGCACAAGUUAGAUGUUAUGGAAUGGACUGGUCCUGGUAUAUUCUCAGAUUAUGUAUUUGAUUACCUAAACAGUAUUUUUGAUGCAUCUUCAGCUGUGGCCCGUCGGAAAUAUGACAGAAUCUUUGAUAGAACUUUUUUCACACAUAUGGAACAGCCUAUUCUUAUUCAAGAUGUAUUAAUAUUACCAAUUACAUCUUUUAGUCCAGAUGUUGGAUGGAUGGGUGCUCACGAAUCUCUGGAUCCCAUGGCUUAUGCUAGGCAUAUGUUUCUGGGUUCUUGGAAGGUGAAUUCCACUGCUCCAACUUAAGUGGUACAAUUAGCGGUUUUGUAUAGUAUGAUUUCCGUUUGCAAGAGAAUUUGCAUAAGAUAAUUUAGAUAUGCUGAAUCAUGACAUACAUAUUACUGCACUAUCUGGAGUCAAUUCUUAUAUAUAUAUCCCACCCUAAGAUAUAAUUUACUAUAAUAUGUUUGUGAUAUUGGUGGAACAAUAGAGGAUUAUUAUUUUCCUAUUCUAGUAGCACUUUACUUACAACAAAAUAUUUAAAAUUAGAAUCUUCACUGAACCCUUUGUGUCAAUUUGAAAUUUUUCGUAAAUAAACUCAUACAAAAAUUGUUUAGAUUGUAGCAUAAACCAAAAGUGAAUUGUCAUUACUUAUAAUAUAAGAUGUAAGAUCACAGGUAGAGGUUUGCAUACUUAAUUAGGAACGUAUUACUGGUCAUUUACCAAGUCUAGAAUUUUGAAAUAGGAGUGUAUUCCUGAAAAAUAAUCUUGCAAAUCUCAGAAGACCCAAGGCGUGUGUGAGUGAGAGUAAAAUUUUCCAUACCCCACUAUAAUAAAUUGCGAAAAGUACCAGGAUAUUUUCAAAAUCUUCUAGAAGCUAAGGGAAAUAUAGUUCCUAUAUUGUAUUCUAUAUCAUAUCGUGAUGAAGUACCUAGAAUUUAAUCAUGGAGUUCUCCAUGAAGAUAGUAAUAGAAAACACUAUAAUUGGAGAGAAGUAGCCCCGUUUUAAAAUUUGUUAUUUUGGCUUCUCUGGUCAAUAGGAAGACAUAAGCCACCACCAUUGUUCAUAAUUGCCACCUAAUCAAUUAGAUUCGUAAAUGAAAAUUAAAUUUAAUAGCAUUAAGAGUUCUCAAUUU